AGGAGGGCAAGCGUUUGCGCGCGAUUCUCCGAGUCCACCUCGCGGUCACCUUCUUGUCAUCUUACGACCUCCUUGUUCGCCGGCCGCCUCGUCGAGGAAUUAUAGAGUACCUGCAUUUCCCUCGCGCGGUUUUGGAUUAGUACACACAGAACUCAAGAUGAUGAAAUAUAAGCAGCAAGGUCUCGUGGCAGACCUGAUGCCGAAUAUUCGGAUCAUGCAGUUCACCGGCCAUUUCUUCUUUCAAUAUUACAACGACGCGGGACGAAGCAAUAUAAAGCUGUUUCAUAAAAUCUACUGCUUCGUUCACCUACUCUUGAUCCUUCUACAGUUUUCUCUCUGCGGCUUGAACCUCUUCUUUGAGAGCGAUGACAUUGAAGACAUGACCGCAAACACCAUCACCGUCCUCUUUUUCACGCAUAGCUUAUCAAAGCUGACGUACGCCGGCGCGAGGAGUAAAAUGUUUUAUCGGACAUUGGGAAUUUGGAACAAUCCGAACAGCCACCCCUUGUUUGCCGAGAGUAACGCUCGAUACCAUGCCAUCGCGCUAUCGAAAAAUAGACGUCUUUUAACUAGCGUAACGGCCGCAACCGUGUUUUCGGUUCUCGCGUGGACCGGUCUAACCUUCAUGGGUGACUCCGUGAAGAAUAUCAUCGACAAGGAAACGAACGAGACAACGACCAUCGAGAUACCAAGGCUGAUGCUGCGGUCCUGGUACCCUUAUGACGCCAGUCAUGGCGUAGCUCACGUCGCCACAUUGAUAUUUCAAUUCUAUUGGGUCCUGGUCUGUCUGAUGAGCGCCAACAUGCUGGACGUGCUCUUUUGCUCUUGGCUACUUUUUGCCUGCGAGCAGAUUCAACAUCUGAAGCAAAUAAUGAAGCCGCUGAUCGAGCUGAGUGCAACGUUGGACACGGUUGUUCCUCACAGCGACGAAUUGUUCAAAGCUGGAAGUACCGAACACUUGAGAGACAAUCAACCCCCGCCGCCACCCGAAAACGACAUGCUGGAUAUGGAUUUGAGAGGGAUUUACAGCAACAGACAAGACUUUACGGCCACGUUCAGAUCCACGACAGGCCUCGGCUUCGGUGGUGGAGUCGGUCCGAACGGGCUGACCAAGAAGCAGGAAAUAUUGGUCAGAAGUGCCAUCAAGUACUGGGUCGAAAGGCACAAGCAUAUAGUGAGACUCAUAACAAUCGUCGGGGAUACUUACGGGUUUGCCUUACUUAUCCACAUGUUGAUAGCCACAAUUACCUUAACUCUGCUCGCUUAUCAAGCAACAAAGAUUUCUGGCUUUGACGUAUACUCAAUGGGCGUCUUAGGUUACAUCAUCUACAGUCUGGGGCAAGUCUUUCUCUUUUGUAUAUUUGGGAAUCGACUGAUCGAAGAGAGUUCAUCGGUUAUGGAUGCCGCCUACUCCUGCCAGUGGUACGAUGGAUCUGAGGAGGCGAAGACGUUCGUUCAAAUUGUUUGUCAGCAGUGUCAAAAGGCCAUGUCGGUUUCCGGUGCCAAGUUCUUCACGGUUUCUUUGGACUUGUUCGCGUCGGUUGUUGGAGCGAUGGUUACCUACUUCAUGGUGCUGAUGCAGCUCGGUUAAAUCCGCAAUCAUCAUCCGCCAUAGAGCUAAAGUGAGUUCUCUUGCUCGUCUGAUUCGCGGGGAGAUCCGAUUGUGGUUUUUUUUCAUUUUUUUUUUUUUUUUAAGUUCUUACUUAAGGUACGAAGAAGGAAUAUCCUCUUAGGUAGCCGGCUGAGCCGAAUCGCCCAUUUCACUCUGGCUUUGUGGUGCCUCACGAAGUUUGGUAAUUGAAGAAAAUACCAGUAUUAAACUAUUACUUCAACGGAAUCUCAUGAUACGUAUGAAACCUACACUAGACGUUGGGCAGAUAAAAUGAUUAAUUUUCGACUUGUUACAUACGUUGGUGAAUAUCAACCGAUAUGCAAUACUUGAAUGAACUGUUCGCAUUUCAAUUUUCGAACCGUCUGUGUCGAUGCACAAAACAGUGUUGAGAUUUUGGACGAACGGUUCGAAAAUUGUUAAAUUUUACUCGAAAGUUGUGAGCGAAAGAAGAAAAAUGAACGAAAGUUCUGAUCGUUUGUAAUUGCAAGGUUUCGGGCAUAAAAGGGAGGUCUAUAUUUUAGGUCUCAAUGGGGAAACCUUACGCUAAGCUUAUAUUUAUACGUGAGAAUUAAUGUUAUCGUAGUUAUAAAAAUUUUAUUCUCCUGACCAGCAAUACAGUCCAGCAGUUUAUUUCACGUUGCUAAGAAUAGGAAAAAAUACAGUUGGUCUGAAAAAACUUUUUACUGUGUAUAUAAAUACGCGAAUCUUAUACCGAGUGCUAUUCUGAAAAUUUCUACGGGGUAUAGAGCUUUUUCUUUAAAUCUAUAUAAUUUUUUUCAAAGGCGAAAGGCGUCUUACUACUGAUUAUUUUGCUCUUGUCUUAUAGGCUUAUACUUAAGUAAAAUAUUUUUCGAAUUGUAUUACGUUACAAUUAGAAUUUACCGGUAGACUUUAACCGAAUCGUACACAUGUGAAUGUGUGACGAAAUGCCUCAACGAAAUAACAUAAUAAUUAAUAGAGAAUUUGAAGAUAGUAACGAUGAUACUUGCGUUACGGAACCAUGUAAAUGACUACAAGAAUAAGUAUAUUCCUGAAAGGUUAUCAGAAUAACGUUGAAAUUCAAUUAGAGAAAUCAAAAUUAGUAGUAAAUAGUGUUUGAAAUUUUGUCGCACCCUAAGAUAACUGACCAAAUAGUUAGGUACUGUGCGACCUACUAUCAAUUGAUUUAUAAGUGAAUUAUUAUGGCGUGAAAGUAAAUGGUUACAUUUGUAGGAACGCAAAAAGAUGAGUGUGCGCGUGUGAACGGCGUGUGUGUGCGAGCGCUCGCAGCGACGAUGUACGCGUUUCGAGCG